CCCAACUAAGGGUCGAAAACAAACGUAAAAAAAGUGCGAAACCCGGUGAUGUUCUGCAGGGUAUCUCUGACAAAUCAUUCCUAAGGUUGAACGUUUAUAUGCAAUUAUAUCCAGGAGUGCACAAGGGACAAUUUGUGAGCUUGAAUGCUAUUUAAAUGUAGGACCAAAUGGCAUUGCGGGUUAAAAGUCGCCCAGUUCCAGGGCUAGACCAGUUGGAUGAAUUCUGGAAAGAAUUCAGAGCAGUGGAAGAAAGUAGAUCCCCUCAGCCAUCUGAGGAAGAACAUGAGGAAAAAGAGCCCGCUGGGGAGUGCGAUCAGGAGGUUGAAUGGCUUAAAGAAGCAGGGUUUGAUGAAGUGGUAAAGAAAUAUAGAGACAGCAAAGAAAUAGACCCUGAUGAUGCYGUCGUGCAGGAAAUAACGUCGUCACUUACCCGCAAACAGGCUGAAGCUGUCAGGAAAAGAAUAAACACUCUCAAUGACAACACUAAGAGAAAACUUGGUAUCCCAACAUCCCCUGCUGCCCCAACAACUUCAAAAUAUAACCAUGCAGAUGUSCGUACAAUAUUCCCCGUGCAAACAAACGGGCAGCCCAGUAAUUCAUAUCUCAGCUCAAGCACAGAAAGCACCAAUGAUGCUCCCACUGUUCCACAGCUGAUYAAUGUAACAUCACCAAAGACAAAUGCCAAAGCAACGGCCAAUAUUGUAACCGUUACAAGCUCUACAAGUGCUAAAGUACAACAGCUGAGUAGUAUAUCGCGCCCUUCACUACCACGGAGAGCUAUCAGUGAGGGGGUGAGCCUGAUUAAGUCAGGAGGAGGAAGUAGUGAUAAUUUUGGUAACUUGGGUAUUGCAGGGAAGUAUUCUUCCCUUGCCGAAGUCAAUGGUCAUGGUUCUUAUGGUAAAGAAAAAGUGAGUCCCAGUAGGUCUGUGCCUCCUGACGACCGUAGAGGAAGUGAAGAUGUUCGAGUGCAUGCUGCAGGUGUCCAGCAAACAAAGCACCAACACGGUUCUGUAUUUUAUGUAACUGGUUUAUCAAAACAAGAACUAUUCAAYGCAGCUGAAAAGACAAAAGAAUCUGUUGUAGAUGACUUAGUGGAUCCUAGAUUAAACCUCAAGGACCCCAGUGUAUCACCAGGGAGUACUGCAGAUGCAGAACCUGAAGUCAUUCAUGAGUGUCCUGUUGAUGUACCUGUCGAUGUUCCUGUUGACGUAAAUUCUCAUUCACAUCGUCAAAAACGCUUCGCUCCACCGCAAUUUCCAAAAUUACCGAAUUACACUUUAACCAAAGAUGAGUUAGGAGUCACUCACAUAUCAGACAUCAGCAAACAGGAUAUGGAGAAAGUCAGAUCUCUUGCUCUUAUUGAGCUCACGGCAUUGUUUGAUUCCCAUGGAAUUGCUCUUCAUAGGAGAAAACCUGUCAAAAGAAAAGUUAAAGAGUCAGGUAUAUUUGGYGUACCAUUACAAUACAUGGUCCAACAUGACAGAGCUAAAGGUGUUCACACAAAAGUUCCUAUAUUCCUACAAGAGAUCAUCAAUUAUUUAGAAGAAACUGGUUUAAAAGAUGAAGGAAUUCUAAGAGUUCCAGGUUCUUUUCCWCGAGUGAAAGCAAUCAAGGAAGAAAUUGAAGAAACCUUCAAUGAAGGUUCAUUCAGUUGGAAUGGCAACAGACCCCAUGACGUUGUAUCAUUAUUAAAGCAAUUUUUAAGGGAGUUGCCAUUUCCUCUGCUCACUCAUGAAUACCAACCAACGUUUGCUUCUGUAGAAAAUAUCCCUGAGAGAAGACAACAGUUGCAAGCCUUGAAUCUACUUAUUCUCCUUUUGCCAUCUGUGCAUAGAGACUGUCUCAGAAUAUUACUAUUAUUUCUCAAGAAAGUCAUUUCCAACGAGAAACAAAACAAGAUGAAUCUCAACAAUGUGGCCAUGAUAAUGGCGCCUAAUUUAUUCCUAUUUAAAUCACAAACUGAUGUCAAUGAGAUCAGAAUUGCUCAAGGAGCUGUUAAUGUUGUUAGAAUGUUGCUGAAAUAUCAAAAUAUAUUAUGGACGAUACCAGGUUUUAUGGUCAUGCAAGUUCGUUAUUUAUAUGAAGCUGAGGGAAACAAGAGAAUCAAGGAUGCAAAGGCUGUUCGUAAACUAUUAUUAAAGCGUAAGGAAGGRCCUGGCGGGUCUCCACAGAAGAAACACUCGAUAACAGAUCCUACUCCCAUUGAUCUAUUUGAGGCCGACAAAGCCAAUAAUAUUAUCAGAGUUAAAGCACCCAUGUUGAACAAGUUUGCCAUGGCUAUUCAGUUGAUGGCUGGAACGACUGCUGGAGAUAUUGUUGAYAAGUUCAAAAGACAACCUGAGGGAAAUUCAAAGCAAGCUCGUCAACAACAUAAAUCUCAAGCUUACAGUAAUUGUGUCAAUCCACAUGACGAGAACAAAUUUGCACAUGAUWSUCAUUACUUGUUUGAAGUCGGUGGUAACAUAGGUGAGAGACGUCUAGACCAUGACACCAACAUGAUUGCCCUGUAUAAGGUCAACCCACACGCUGAAUGGAUCAUCAAACCACUGAGUACAAAAGAUGAUGAUUAGAAUUACAAAUUACUGAAAUUAGCUAAUAGUAUAUCAAUUAAAUAGGAUGUUUUUUGCAAUUUAUGCAUACACAUGGUAUAAUUAUUAUUAUUAUUCUCCAGGGCCGGGUUGUUCCAAGCUGUAUUAUUGUUAAUCCAGGGUUAACUCCAUAAUAUAGGUUUUUAACUUUUAACUCGGGAUUAGCAGUAAUCGAGUUUUGAACAACCCAGUCCAUAGCCUCCUUUAGCAGCCCCCCAGUGUYGUCACGCAACGCAUGGGGAGAAGCGUUGCRUGAYGACACAGGGGCGGCUGCUAAAGAGGCUACCCAGUCCAGUACAUUGUAGCCUCUUGAGCAGGCAUUUUUAGUGGUUCAGAUCUUGGAACAAAAAGCUWAAAAUGUCCACUGCUGAGAAUACAGAAAAUGAUGAUGAUUUAUUAUAUUUCAUGGAUGAUCAAAUGAUCAAACAAUUUUCAGAAAUUGUUUUAAGUUUGACUUCAAAAGACUUUUUCAUAAUCGUAGGAAUAUAUUUAAGGUAAAGUACCCUUAUUACUAUAAUAAUAGUGUAAAAUGUACAAACGAUAAAUUCAGUGCGUGAUUAAAACUAGUUUUGUUCAAAAACCUCUUCAGUUCACUAAUGAAAGCUUGUUACAUUUACAAAUAAAAACAAACAAACACUAAUGAACAUUUAGUGAACUGAAGGGGUUUUUGACCGAAACUAGUUUUCACUAAUCAUUUAUUGACAUGUACAUUUUAGACUUAUAGUAAGGGUACUUUACCUUAAAUAUAUUCCUACGAUUUCAAACAUUCAUUAUUAUUUUUUCCAUUGGAAGACUUCAAAAGUGAAUAGAAUUUUUAGCAAUGUUACCAUUACUCACUAGUAGCCCAAAAAGUGUGAUUUUUUUUCCAAUCAAUCUAAUCUCAAUCUAAAUGAUUGUAGAGGGGGAAAAGCAAUAAAGUUUUAGCUUAUUUAUUAAGAGAUCAAUGAUUAGAUUUAAGUCAUGUAAAAUGUCAUAACUUUACAUCACAAUAAUUUUGCAAGGCUUACAGCAGAUGUGUUUAAACAUUGUUUUAUUUUGUAUAAUGGUUACUAAUCAUUAUAUUAUUUUUACUAUAAAAUGAUUCCUUUUUCAUAUAAUUUAUAUAACACACGUCUCUUGUCUAACAACCUAUAAUAGUGUCCAUAUGAUCUAUAUUUAUGGAAUAUAAAACUACGAGCGUGUCUCUGUCCUCUGAUGUAAACAUGGUGGGAGUUUGACAAACACGAGAGAAGAUUAGGAACACGAGCGUAGCGAGUGUUUCUCUUGCUUCUCGAGUGUUUUGCAACUCCCACCGUGUU